CUUCAGUCUUACACAGGUGUACUGGCUCCUCCCCUUCAGUCUUGCAGAGGUGUACUGGCUCCUCCCCUUCAGUCUUGCACAGGUGUACCGGCUCCUCCCCUUCAGUCUUGCCCAGGUGUACCGGCUCCUCCCCUUCAGUCUUGCACAGCUGUACCGGCUCCUCCCCUCCAGUCUUGCACAGGUGUAUCGGCUCCUCCCUUUCAGUCUUGCACAGGUGUAAAGGAUCCUCCCCUUCAGUCUUGCACAGGUGUACCGGCUCCUCCCCUCCAGUCUUGCACAGGUGUACUGGCUCCUCCCCUUCAGUCUUGCACAGGUGUACCGGCUCCUCCCCUUCAGUCUUGCACAGGUGUACUGGCUCCUCCCCUUCAGUCUUGCACAGGUGUACCGGCUCCUCCCCUUCAGUCUUGCACAGGUGUACCGGCUCCUCCCGGAUUCCCGUUCUUUCAAUCAUGGAGGCUCAGCAUCACAUGUGGGUGUUCUGUAUGCAUAUACAGCCUGCCUAGGACCGCCCACUCCUCCAGAAAUCCACCUAUCAAGGCAUUUUGAAAGUUGCAUUACUCCCCCCACUG